UGAACUUUUACGUCUGCAGAGGCAGCGGUUGGGUUCAGCAUGGCCAGGCGAGAGAAAGUGGAGUAGCUAGCUGUCAGUAAGAGGACAGACUGAAGGAGAACCGCUGUAAUUGGGUACUGCAGCGUUCUAGGACGGUCCAGAACCCACAGGCUGACCGUGUUGUCUUGUAUCUAGAACGCGCGCGCCGGGUUCUCUCGCAAGAUGUUGAGUUUGGGCAGGAUCAGACUGGCCGCGGCGGCGGGGCGGCCGAUCCUCAGCGGUACAGGACGGGGCUGCGCUCGGGGCUUCUCGUCCUCCGAGCUCGAGGAGGAGCCGGGCAGAGCCGAGAGUGAUGUGUACGACAUCGUAAUCUCCGGCGGAGGCAUGGUGGGGACCGCUAUGGCAUGCUCGCUAGGCUUUGAUCCACAUUUGCAAGGCAGAAAGAUUCUUCUGCUGGAAGCUGGACCCAAGAAACAGAUGGACAAAGCUCCGGAAGUGUUCAGCACAAGGGUCAGCUCCAUCAGUCCUGGCUCCGCAACUCUUCUGAGUGGUCUCGGCGCAUGGGAUCACAUUGUCAAGCUGAGAUGCAAACCCUAUCAAAAAAUGCAGGUUUGGGAUGCUUGCUCCGAUGCCUUGAUUACGUUCGAUAAGGAGAACCUGCAGGACGAGAUGGCGUACGUUGUGGAGAACGAUGUCAUUGUGGCUGCUCUGACCAAGCAGCUGCAGACACUCUCUGAUCAGGUUGAAGUGCAGUACAGAACGAGAGUGGUCAAGUACACCUGGCCCAGGCCUUACCAAGUAGCUGACUCCAUCCCCUGGGUGCAAGUGACUUUAGCCAGUGGACAGACUCUGCAGACCAAGCUGCUGAUCGGGGCUGAUGGGCCUAAUUCCAUGGUGCGGAGAGAGGCUGGGAUCCCCACUGUCAAAUGGAAUUAUGACCAAUCCGCUGUAGUAGCAGUUCUGCAUUUAUCCGAGCCCACUGAGAACAACGUGGCAUGGCAGAGGUUUCUCCCAACAGGACCUAUUGCAAUGCUACCGUUGUCUGACACAGAGAGCUCCCUGGUCUGGUCCACCAGUCACCAGCAUGCAGAGGAGCUCCUGCAGAUGGACGAGGAGAGCUUUGUGGAUGCCAUCAACUCUGCAUUUUGGAGUAAUGAGAACCAGUCUGAGCUUGUGGAGGCUGCUGGCUCUCUGUUCCGCACUGCGCUGACCAUCCUGAUGCCCAAUGGUACCUCCACCCGCCAGCUUCCGCCCAGUGUGGCAGGCAUCGGUCCAAAGAGCCGGGUCAUGUUCCCUCUUGGCAUGGGCCAUGCCUCUGAGUACAUCCGCCACAGAGUAGCCCUAAUUGGGGAUGCAGCUCACAGAGUUCACCCUUUAGCAGGCCAAGGUGCCAAUCUAGGCUUUGGGGAUGUGGCCAGCCUGACACAGGUACUAAGCCAAGCAGCUUUUAAUGGAAAAGACCUUGGAGCCAUGCAGCACCUGCUGGAGUAUGAGACUGACCGACAGCGGCACAAUCUGCCCAUGAUGGCAGCCAUCGACCUUAUGAAGAGGCUCUACUCAACCAAUGCAGCCCCCAUGGUGCUGCUGAGAACCUUGGGCCUGCAAGCCACCAAUGCACUGCCACCCAUCAAAGAGCAGAUUAUUGCAUAUGCCAGCAAGUAAAAGACUGUGUGCACUCAGGCUGUUGUGUAAUGGAUCUUCAAGAUGGCACAUCAGCUUUGUCUAUAGAAUGUAAAAGUGUAAAUGAAUAAAUUAUAUUUUACUCCAUAA